AUGCCAGCCAAGAAGAUUGCUUUUGUCACGGGCGCCACCGGGUUUCUCGGACGCAACCUCGUGGACGCACUCUUGCGCGACGACGCAUGGCACGUCAUCGCGCUCCAUCGCCCGUCGUCCAAGAUCGCACCGCUCGUUGCCCUCGGCGUCGACUGCGUGCUUGGAGACAUCCAUGACGCGUCAUCGAUUGCUUCCGUGCUGCCGAUGGACGUCGACGCAGUCUUCCACGUCGCGGCCAACACCACGUUUUGGAAGCCGAUGCACGCGGCGCAGUGGGCCGACAACGUGGACGCCACGUCUGCCAUGUGCGACGCCGCUCUCACGCGCCGCGCCAAGCGCUUUGUGUUUGUCAGCUCGACGGCGGCGUAUGGGUAUCGCAACGACAUCAUCGAUGAGUCGACGGCGCAAACCGGUGCGUCGGCGCCGAUUCAUUACUUUCGAACCAAGGCGGCGGCGGAGAAGAUCGUGCGGGCGGCCGUGGCGCGCGGCCUCGCUGCUGUGAUUGUCAACCCGACGCACAUUCUCGGACCGCACGAUAGCGCCAACUGGGCGCGCUUGUUUACGCUCAUUUCGCGCAAGAAGCUGACGGGAAUUCCACCGGGCGCCGGGUCAUUUUCGUACGCGCCGUUCGUUGCCAACGCGAUCGUGGCGGCGGCCGACCGCGGCCGCGUCGGACACAACUACAUCUUGCACGGCCCGACAGCGUCGUUCCAGGAGCUUGUGUACACUGCAAGUUUGCUUCUGGGCAAAUCCGAGACGCGCCAGCCGCUGCCAGCACCACUGCUGCGCUUUGUGGGGCGACUGAACGAGUUUGUGGCGCUCUUCACGCGGCGUGAGCCCGACAUCACGUACGAAGGUGCACUCGCGAUGGGCUGUGAUCCGACGGUGCAGUCGACCAAAGCCAUUGACGAGCUCGGGUACGAGCAGCUACCCGUCGCUGAGAGUAUUGCCAAGACGAUCGACUGGUUGCGGUCCGAGAAGCACCUACCGUAGAGCGUCGCAGGUGCGCUUCAGCGAUAUAUCCCUCGUACUUGUCGUGGAUGAACCUUGACCCACAAUGCUCCAUAAUCGAACGAGGUUAUAAUGCAAAGUCGAUUACGUGGAAA